AUGUCCCUAUUACGUGAAGCAGAAAAAUGCAUCGCCAAUCAAUAUGCAAAUAACUUCAAUUCCUUCAUAACACCACUGCCACGCGCAGGGCAAUGGCUAAACCGGGUGAAGGAGGCAGAGGGACGCGGCGAGCAAGGGAAUCCCAAGUCCUCAAUUGAUGGUCGUCUGAUAUCUAUAAAAGACAAUAUCUGUACAAGCAGCUUUCCGACUACAUGCGCCUCUGGAAUCUUGGAUAAAUUCACCAGUCCGUUUAAUGCGACGGUUGUCGAUAAACUGGAGGCCGCUGGUGCUAUCAUAGCUGGAAAGACCAAUUUGGAUGAGUUUGGAAUGGGAUCACACUCGGUUCACUCACGAUUCGGUCCGGUGAAGAAUUCGAGGCGGGAUCAUGGCGGUCAUGAUAUUUCUGCUGGUGGUAGCUCCGGUGGAAGUGCCGUGGCUGUUGCUGCAGAGCAAUGCUAUGCUGCACUUGGAACAGAUACCGGAGGCUCUGUCCGACUGCCGGCGGCAUAUACAGGUAUUGUCGGAUUUAAACCAUCAUACGGGUUGAUUUCUCGAUGGGGUGUGAUCGCAUAUGCCAAUUCACUAGAUACCGUAGGUAUUCUAGGGCAAAAAACGUUUGCUGUCCGAGAUAUCUUCUCAAUCCUCAAUAAACACGAUGCGCAUGAUCCCACCAGUAUCUCUGAAUCCGCCCGAUCACGAAUUGUAUCACAUCUUCAGACCUCUCGACUUGCGUCGCGAUUGACUUCGGCUCCACUCCGAAUCGGAGUACCUCUGGAGUAUAACAUUUCCGAACUAUCACCUUCGGUUCGACGCGCCUGGCUUUUGUCUUUGGAGAUCCUGCGAAAUAAAGGCCAUACCAUUCAUCCUGUUUCGCUACCGACGACAAAACACGCACUUUCAGCGUACUAUGUGCUAGCCCCGGCUGAGGCGUCAUCAAACUUGGCCAAAUACGACGGCGUGCGAUAUGGUACUCGCGACAAUGAACCGGAUAUUGAUAGAAAUCCAGGAGGAUACCUCUACUCCAAAACUCGGGGCAGUGGUUUCGGAGCAGAGGUGCAGCGACGUAUUCUUCUAGGCACAUUCAGCUUGAGCGCUGAUGCUAUGGACAACUACUUUAUCCAGGCACAGCGUGUACGUCGAAUUGUCCAGAAAGAUUUUAAUGCUGUUUUCAGUGCCACGCAUCCAUUGGAAAAAGUCAAUCAGACAGACAUAGGUCGCUCCGAAUCGGCUGCCGUAGAUGUUAUCAUCUGCCCUACCGCGCCAUCUCCACCGCCGCGACUGUCGGAUGUGAUUGAUACAUCUGCCGGAUCAUCACCUCUGGAUGCAUACAUCAACGAUGUCUUUACAGUUCCGGCUAGUCUGGCGGGACUGCCUGCCAUAUCUGUGCCAGUGACCGUGUCCGAGUCAAUCCAAGGCUCUGUGGUCAAUGAACUGGCUGGUAUCCAAGUUAUAGGGCAAUAUGGGGAUGAUGAGCUUGUGAUGAAAGUCGGAGAGUUGCUCGAAGGCAAGAAAUUUGAAGGUGCAGAAUAG